AUGUCUGAGCUGGGAGCUGCAAAGGCUGCUUUCAAUCGAGUUCCAACUUCGUCGGACUUUACAUUUAUAGUCGGCCCAGAAGCUCAGGAGUUCAUUCUGCCACGAGAUUUGGUCGCGAAGCUAUCCCGUCCUCUCCAUGCACUGCUCAACAGCGGCAUGAGAGAAUCCCUAGAGGGCAGAGUUGUGUGGGAGCACGUCUCCGUCCGGGUGUUUAUGCAUUUCAUGUCCUACGCACAUAAAGGUAGAUGCAUCUUGGACACCAAGCCGAACCUUGCCUCGAAUGGCACAGAUGAGUUUUACGACACGAUAUCCAACAUGCUGCAUUUCAUGUCAAUUGACGAUCUGGUGCAGCGCUGUUCAGCUGCUGGUCGGUACCAAUACAAUUCUGUACUUGGCGUCAUGUUUGAAAACACACAGACCAGUCUACUUAGGACCCUUGCGGAAACCAAUCCCGACACAUGUCAUCUUCUAGAGUCCAAGUGUCCCUCUGCUGAUGCGGAGGAUCAGAUCUUUGUCUUCGCCGAGAUUUACAUGUUCGCCGAUAUGUAUUGCAUUGAUGGCCUUGCUCUUCAGGCUCAGAUCCGGCUGACUGCCGCAUUGAAAGCCCACCGACUGAAGCCGCCCGGUUGCGAACGGAUGGUCAGUGUGACUCUUCAAGUAUUGGAGACCAGUGCUUCAAGCGAGUACCUUCUCCAUGUUUUCCACCGCUAUUGGGUAUUCCACCUUCGCAGACCCGACAUUGUAGCUGCGCUUCAGCUAGCAGGGGUGGACAUUCUUGAGCUCCUGGAGCCCCGGCGUAGACAGGUGCUGGAGGCGCGUAUCAGAAUGUCUGGUGGGAUGUAG